GGAUAACCCUGAGAAGAAGGUUGCUGGUGUUUGCGAUCAGAGGCUGUUGAGAUGCACAGGAAUGGCGGACCGGAUGUGAGAAGCCACCAACCGUGUCGGUCAGGAACUCCUAAACAUUUCUUGAACGAAUGAACAAACGAGCGAAUGAAUGAAGGCAAGGAAACUAAUGAGCUCCAUCUUUGGCAUGGAUCAGAAAAUUCCACCGUGGCGCUGACUGAGCUUAUGCCAACACAGAACUUUAAAGAAACCCCACAAUGAGAGCUAGGAGGAACAAAGGAACAGCUCCCUGUCCCCUGAUACCAGCAGGGACAGCAGGCCUUGUGGGGGACCCCAGUGCUGUGACAUCACAAUGUGGCCCAUUCAGGAUCUCAGGCCUCACUUGCCCCUGGGCCCAGGAUAUGUGAGUUUACCCUCCCAGGGCUGACCUGCACUUAACAGGGCCAGGGCAACAGAGACAAGUCGACCUGUGGCACAGACCCGCCAGGUGCUCUUGAAGAUGAAUCACAUGUCUCCCAGGCUGAGAGCCUUCCUCUCUGAACCCAUCGGAGAAAAGGAUGUUGCCUGGGUGGACGGGAUCAGCCAUGAGCUUGCAAUCAAUUUGGUCACCAAAGGUUUCAACAAGGCCUACAUCCUGUUGGGACAGUUCCUUCUGAUGCACAAGAAUGAAGCCGAGUUUCAGAAGUGGCUCAUUUGCUGUUGCGGCGCCACCGAGUAUGAGGCCCAGGAGAGUUCUAACUGUCUGAAGGAGUGGUGUUCCUGCUUCCUGUGAACACACGUCCCCUUGCUCUGAUGCCUGGGUAAACGACAUGUUCUGUACUGAUA